AUGUGCUGUGCUUCGACCUCGCAGGUGCGUGGGGCGGCGGAGUUUUCUCAAGCCCUGCCAGCGAGCCAGUACUUCUUGGUGGUGGACGAAAGCGCCGCGCGCCAGUACGAGGAGUACUACCGCGCCGGCUUCUCCGACGCGGCCAGGUCGUUCGAGGCGAGGCGCGAAGAGGUCUUGAGGAGGCCGGACGCGGCGGCGGACGCAGCCGCCGCCCGGGCGCGCAGCGAGGCCCUGCGCCUGCGGGGCGCGGCCGAGGUGCUGCAGCAGCGGUGCCUGCUGCUGGAGGCCGAGCAGGAGCGGCUGGCGCACUCGCUCGACGAGGCCCGCGGGGAGCUGCGCCAGGGCGCCCACGUGUCCGAGGAGCUCGCCGAGUGCCAGGGCAAGUGCCGCGAGCUGGAGGCGGAGCACGGCGAGCUGGAGAGCAUGUCGAGGCGGGAGUGCGGUGCGGCCCUGAUCCUCCGGGCGCAGCUCGAGAAGGCGGGAGCGGAGAGCGCGGAGGCCGCCAGGGACGGCCAGCGCGCCCGGGAGCGCCUGCUGCAGGCGGAGGCCGAGCGCGAGGAGCUCCGCCAGAGCCUCGACGAGGCCUCGGCCAGCGCGCAGCUGGCCACCCGGCGCCUCGAGACCGCCACCGCGGAGUGGCAG